GCGACCAUGGAGGCUGGCGGCCUCCCCCUGGAGCUGUGGCGCAUGAUCUUAGCCUACCUGCACCUUCCCGACCUGGGCCGCUGUAGCUUGGUAUGCAGGGCCUGGUAUGAACUAAUCCUCAGUCUCGACAGCACGCGCUGGCGGCAGCUGUGCCUGGGCUGCACCGAGUGCCGCCAUCCCAACUGGCCCAACCAGCCUGACGUGGAGCCUGAGUCUUGGAGGGAGGCCUUCAAACAGCAUUACCUUGCCUCCAAGACAUGGACCAAGAAUGCCCUGGACUUGGAGUCCUCCGUCUGCUUUUCUCUAUUCCGCCGGAGGAGGGAACGACGUACCCUGAGUGUCGGGCCAGGCCAUGAGUUUGACAGCCUGAGCAGUGCAUUGGCCAUGGCCAGCCUAUAUGACCGAAUUAUGCUCUUCCCAGGUGUAUAUGAAGAGCAAGGUGAAAUCAUCCUAAAGGUGCCCGUGGAGAUUGUAGGGCAUGGCAAGUUGGGCGAAGUGGCCCUUCUAGCCAGCAUUGAUCAGCACUGCUCAACCACACGCCUGUGCAACCUCGUCUUCAUGCCGGCCUGGUUCUCACCCAUCAUGUAUAAGACAACGUCAGGUCAUGUCCAGUUUGACAACUGCAACUUUGAGAACGGACACAUCCAGGUCCAUGGCCCGGGUACCUGCCAAGUGAAGUUUUGCACCUUCAAAAACACUCAUGUCUUCUUGCACAACGUGCCCCUGUGCGUCCUGGAAAACUGUGAAUUCGUGGGCAGUGAAAACAACUCUGUGACUGUUGAGGGUCACCCAUCUGCAGAUAAGAACUGGGCCUACAAGUAUCUACUAGGACUUAUCAAGUCCUCUCCCCCUUUGCUCCCUCCAGAGGACUCUGACUUUUUAAUGUCCCUGGACCUAGAGAGCCGGGACCAGGCUUGGAGCCCAAGGACCUGUGACAUUGUAAUCGAGGGCAGCCAGAGCCCUACCAGCCCAGCUGCUAGCUCCCCAAAGCCAGGCUCCAAGGCUGGCUCACAGGAGGCAGAGGUGGGCAGCGAUGGGGAAAGGGUGGCCCAGACCUCAGACAGCAGUGAUGGAGGCCUGAGUCCCAGUGGUGAGGAAGAGGACGAGGACCAGCUCACGUACAGACUGUCCUACCAAGUGCAGGGCCCGCGCCCUGUAUUGGGGGGCUCCUUUCUGGGCCCUCCACUGCCAGGAGCAUCCAUUCAGCUGCCCAGCUGCCUAGUGCUGAACUCGCUGCAGCAGGAACUGCAGAAGGACAAGGAGGCCAUGGCGCUGGUGAACUCCGUGCAGGGCUGCCUCAUCCGCAAGUGCCUGUUCCGGGAUGGGAAGGGAGGCGUCUUAGUCUGCUCCUAUGGCCAAGCCAAGAUGGAAGGAAACAUCUUCCGGCACCUGACUUACGCAGUGCGCUGUAUACAUAAUAGCAAGAUCGUCAUGCUCAGGAAUGACAUUUACCGCUGCCGAGCGUCAGGCAUCUUUCUUCGCUUGGAGGGCGGAGGCUUGAUCGCGGGCAACAACAUUUACCACAACGCGGAGGCUGGUGUAGACAUCAGGAAAAAGUCCAACCCACUCAUACUGUGUAACCAGAUCCACCACGGCCUUCGCUCUGGCAUUGUCGUCCUUGGCAAUGGGAAAGGCAUCAUCCGGAACAAUCAAAUCUUUUCAAAUAAGGAGGCUGGCAUUUAUAUCCUGUACCAUGGAAAUCCAAUCGUGAGCGGGAACCACAUCUACAAGGGCCGUGCAGCCGGCAUAGCAGUGAACGAGAAUGGCAAGGGCCUCAUCACAGAAAACGUCAUCCGUGAGAAUCAGUGGGGAGGUGUAGACAUCCGCCGCGGAGGGAUCCCCGUCCUCAGGAGCAACCUCAUCUGCUUUGGCUAUUCAGACGGGGUGGUCGUGGGAGAUGAAGGCAAAGGGCUGAUAGAAGGAAACACCAUCUAUGCUAACAAGGGCUGUGGUGUGUGGAUGAUGUCAUCCAGCCUGCCCCACGUCACCAGCAACCACGUCAGCUACAAUGGCCUGUACGGAGUAGCAGUGUUCAGCCAGAAGGACGGCUCUGGUGAGUUUCCUGGAGGUCACGGGGUCCAGGAGAACUUCAGCGAGGACAGGGAUGCCAUCCUCUGGGAGACAGAGCUGGAGAAGGAGGAAGACCCACUGCGCCGGCCCAUCACCACAGCUCUCGUUGAGUCCAACAGUAUUAAUCACAAUGGAGCCUCGGGACUCUAUGUCCAGAGCAGCGAGGCACUGCAUGUCCUCACCAACGUGAUCCACGCUAAUGGGGACAGAGGCAUCACUGUGGCCCAGAGCAGCCAGCCCACCCGUGUGGCCAACAACAGCAUCUCCUGCAACCGGCAGAGUGGGGUCAAGGUCGAGGCCCAGUGCAAGGUGGAACUCCGGGGCAAUGGUAUCUAUGACAACAGAGGCCAUGGCAUUAUCACCAGGGGUGAUAGCACCGUUGUCAUCGAAAAUGACAUCAUUGGCAACCGGGGCAGUGGGCUGCAGCUGCUGCCCAGGUCUGACACUAAGGUAAUAAAGAACCGGAUCCACUCAUUCCGGGCCUACGGCAUUGCAGUGCGAGGCCGCGCCAAGGCCCUGGUGCAGGAGAACAUCAUCUUCCAGGGCAAAACCAACAAGACCAUCUUUCAGCAGAUCUCAAACAACCGAGAAUGUAUCAUGCAAAACAACAAGUUCCUGGUCUUCAAGAAAAAGUCUGAUACAUGGCGCCUGGUGAACCCACCAGCACGGCCUCACCUUGAAAACUCUCUCAGAGGCCCCUCUGCAGCCCACAAUGGGCAGAAGGUGACAGCUAUGGCAACCAGGAUCACAGCCCGUGUGGAAGGUGGUUACCACAGCAACCGCAGCAUCUUCUGCACCAUCCUAUGAAGACGACACCUGCUCAGGUCCAGGCCCUGACAGGUGCUCAGAAGAGCUAAGACAAAAAUAGUGCCUGAGAAACCUCCGGCCCAUCCCCUCCUCUAACUACUCCCCUGAUAAAACAGGUCUCAGGCCUCCUGGGGACCUAGGAACCUCCAAAACACUUCAGCCUCCACGGCCCUCAGUGGGAAGGAACUUGGAAAUGUUUUUCAAGGAGAAAAAGAGAUAGAAGUUGGUGGGUUUCCAGUC